AUGGGGUUUUAUGGCCUAAAAUUGGCCAAAAUCGUCAAAGAGAACCCGAAAAAUCGCCUGAAAACGCCUCCUCUCCGCCUCUCUGUUUCGUGCUGUAUUUUGAAUUUGAUAGUAACUGAUGGGUUGAAAGAGUUGAAUGAUGCAAUUUCAAGCAUUCGAAAUGCGGUGAGAUAUGUACGGUCAUCUUCAGCUAGACUGAAAAGAUUUAAAGAAAGUUGCAAGGAUGCAAACAUUGAAUCAAAAGCCUUGUUAUACUUGGAUGUGGUUACUAGGUGGAACUCCACUUACUUGAUGUUAGAAUCUGCUAUUAAAUUCAAGAAGGCUUUUGAGAAUUUGGAAGCAGAUGCGAACUACACAAAGUACUUUGAUGAAGAAAGAAUGGAUGGCCCACCAACCAACCUAGACUGGGAAAAAGCAGUUGUAUUUGUCGACUUUUUGAGGAGAUUCUAUGAUCUUACUAAUCGAUUUAGUGGGUCAUUAUAUGUCACAUCCAAUCUAUUCCUUCCAGAUAUUUUGAAGGUUCAAGCUGAUUUAACUACUAUGGCUUCUAAUCCUGAUACUUUGUUAGGGGCUAUGGCAGUUAGUAUGAAACGAAAGUAUGACAAGUACUGGGGAAGGAUUGAGAAGCUGAAUAUGUUGACAUUUAUUGCCAAUAUCCUUGAUCCAAGGUAUAAAUUAGAGGUUGUGAAUCGUGGUUUUAAAUUUGUGUACACUUCACGUGAGGCUGAAAAAAUGAUAAAGUUGGUGACAAAUACUUUGGCACAGCUAUAUGCUUUUUAUAAACAACAACAACCAUCUCAGUCAUCUCAAGCUCAACCAUCUCAAUCUCAGUCUCAGCCAUCUCAGCCUGUUAUCAAUUCCACUACAGAAUCAUUUCUUCAAGGGCAAUUACAACUUAGUGAUGAUAUUGAAGAAGAUGAUCUUGAAUACUACUUGAGUGAUCGUCGUGAGAAACUUGAUCCUACCUUUGAUAUUCUACGAUGGUGGAAACAGAAUGGAUUCAAGUAUCCAAUAAUUGCGCGCAUGGCAAAAGAUGUAUUGGCUGUCCAGAUGUCUACAGUAGCAUCUGAAUCAGCUUUUUCUACUGGGGGAAGAAUCUUAGAUUCAUUUAGGAGUUCCUUAUCCCCGAGGAUGGUGGAGGCUUUGAUUUGUUCUAAAAAUUGGUAUACUUGUGAGUCUGAAGAGCCUGUUGUGCUUCGACAAUACAUGGAUGAGAUUGAUGGUUUAGAGGCAUGUGAACAAGUUUUUCCAGGUAUUUAUUUACUUAAUAGCUUAUUCUAA